GCUGGCGCCGCUCUCGCUCCCCUCUCGAUGGUCACGUAAGGAAUGCCGUUGUGCGCAGGCGCGCUGUGCGCCCCGCAGGAUGUCCCGCAAGCAGGCGGCCAAGGCCCGGCAGGGCCCCGGAGCCGGGAAGAGGCGGCAGCCCCGGCAGCACCCCGCCAGAGCGGCUCCGGACCCCGAUGCAGGCGGCGGGGGCCUCGCCAGGCAGCUCCGGGCCCUCGGUCUCAAGCUGCGGGAGGUGCCGGGCGAUGGCAACUGUUUGUUUCGGGCACUUGGUGACCAGCUCGAGGGUCACUCGCAGAACCACCUCAGACAUCGCCAGGAAACGGUGGAUUACAUGAUAAAGCAGCGAGAGGAUUUUGAGCCUUUUGUGGAGGAUGAUGUGCCCUUUGACAAACAUGUUACCAAUUUGGCAAAGCCCGGUACCUUUGCUGGCAACGAUGCUAUUGUGGCCUUUGCAAGGAACAAUCAAAUCAAUGUGGUUAUUCAUCAGUUUAAUACUCCACUGUGGCAGGUUCAGGGCACAGACAAAACCAAUGCGAGGGAGCUGCAUAUUGCGUAUCGGUACGGAGAGCACUACGACAGCGUGAGGAGAAUCAGUGACGAUUCUGAAGCUCCGGCGUAUCUUCAGAUGGAGAUGUUUUGCAAAAAUGAUUUGAAUUCUAAUGAGGAGGAAGUGAAGCCUCAAAAGGGUAACUCUGAAAAUGAGGUUGAAGAUGAAGAUGCUGUACAAAAAGUGUGUAAAGCAAGCGGAUGUUCGGACACUGAUUUAGUAAGUCAGAUUCUGGAAGAGGAAGGCUACAAUAUAGAAUCUGCAAUAUUUGCUGUCUUGCAAGUGAAAGAAUUGGAAAAAAUCAGUACUGAGGGGCAGCGCAAUCCCCAGAGCAAAGAGCAGAAUUCGUGUAGCAGAACUCUGCAGGAAGCAAAUGGAAGUGGUUCAAGAAUCUCUGGAAAUCGGAGCUUGCAUCGAGGUGAAACAAAAAACAGCAAAGGACGGGCUGGAGCCAGUGAAGAGAAUCGAGCUAGCAGAAACCCAAAGGUAUCCAAGAAACAAAAGAAGGAACAGCAGCGGCUGGAGAAGAAGAAGCGUCAGGAAGAAAGGCACCAACAAAAGGCCGUGGCCACCAAGAGUGACUGUGCAGAUAGUGGCAGGACAGAGCGGGACUCGGACAACCAGGUCACCUUAGUGAAGGCCACGGCAGCUCUAAAUAUCUGACUGAAUGUAUUCUGAGUGAGAAAAGCAAAUGAAACUGAUGGAGACAAAAUUCCCCUGAAGCAAAUUUCCAAGCACUCAUUGUUGUCUUAAAGAUGGUUUCUGUGGAGAUCUCUGAGCACACAUGAACUUCCUGGUUCUGUGGUUAUGGGACAAACAAGUCUUCAGUAAUUCUGCACCAGCCUGCGUGUGAGAAGAGCUGUUUGAUCUUAACAAAAACUAGAGACUUGUUUUUGUAAUUGUGGAGUUAGAUGAAGGUGAGAAGCUUUUCCUCACACUGAAGUGUCAGAUUUGCUGUGACGUCUCUUGAUGUGCUUAGAUGAUUUUUUUUCUACAGCCAGUUUUUACUUAUGCUUGGAGGAGCUUUAUUUACCUCAUUGUCAGGAAAAGCCGAACAGUUCUAAACUCAGGAACGUGUUUUAUUUUUUUCUGUUGAAAUUUAAAUAAAGCAAGGGAACAGAAUUCCAGAAUCUUUUCCAAAGCUGUGUCAGCCAACACUGUAUCAAACAUGAGGUUCCUUUAUUUUUCUUUUCCCAUGCAAGAAUGCAGUGAGAAGUUUUAAUCCAACUAGAACUGCCUGUGUUGUCGCACUGGGCUGUUUCAGGAGUGAUUAAUACAUGAAGGGAGAAUGGGAUUGCUGUGUCCAUGCUUGUUUCUUGCUUAAGUUUGAGAUCAGCUGGCUAACUAUCGAGACCUAUUGAGCAAAAAGAAUAAUACCAGCACAUUCCUGAGACUGCAGAGCAAAUUAAUCUGAUUUGGUGAAGUCUAAUGAAGCAGUAAAAUGCGACAUGAGCAGGCGUAGGCUUCUUCUGAGUGCUGUUAUUUGGACAUGGGGAAUCUCAUCUCCUUUGCCGUACUCUGGAGCUUUUGGGCUACUCCAGAGCUUUAGUCCAAGCCAAGAACUUGAUAGUCAUUAGUUUCCAAGUGAAAUUAGUACAGCCAAAGGAUCAAGAGUCCUGGGAACAAGCUUCCAAGGAGCAGUGAUCACUGGGAACCUUGCCUACUUCACACAUCAUCCGUCAAGCUUUUUUCAUCUUAAAUUCCCCUUUGGUAAGGUUACGAAGUACCGUAGAAUGUACAGCUGGAAUCCUGUGAUGCUUUCCCCUAUAGGACUGGGAAUUUGGACUGAAGUGUAAGAACUCUGGGACUUGGCCCUCGAUUUAUGGCUUGCAGUGUUUCAGCUUCACUCAGGUUUUUGGACAUGUAUCAAGCACUAACUUGAAGAAAGCACAUGUGCACUUAGACGUGCAACAGAUAACAGGAGACACCUCAUCAGCCAGGGCAGAGACAGAGUAGAUUUUUUGGAAGUAAGGAACAAUGAGAAAAAAAAUUGAUCUUUGAUGUUUCCAAAUCAGCACAGAAAUAUAAAUGGCUUUUUAAACUGAACUACCAAGAUCUGAGCUAGUACUUUGUGUUCUCUGCUACUGUUUAUUGAGAGCAUUUGAAGAAUAAAAAGAAAGGAGCUCUGCUUGAAGUACUGGUGGUUUAGAACAGGUUUUAAUGCUGGUGAAGAAGUUACUUUGAUUUCUGUGAUGAGCUUGGUGGAAAUAAAAUUUAAUACAAAGCAGCUUUUAUGCUUUAUGGUGGGACAGAGUGUCUGGCGAGUGAAGCAGCGUGUGGAGUGCUGCUGUAAGUCCCGGCGGUAGGUGAAUUCACAGUACUCUUCUUUAAAGUAAAAAAUUACUUCGAUAAAAUCCAUUUUAUGGCAACAUUAUCCUGUAAUAAUGUUACUUGCUCAAAUUCUUUUUUCCCCAAACAGUCAAUAUUACAGUACUGGAAAGAAUGGUAAGUCACAGCUUCAUGGGGAGAAAGCGCACGUCAGAUUCUCUGUAUUUUUGCCAGGAUAACUACUUUGUACCUGCAAAACCAUUUUGCAUCCGAAGAUGUUAAAACUUUAUCUGUUUUCGAUUUUUUUUUUUUCCUUUAGCUGCUGAAAUUUGUACCAGCCUUUACAACAUGUAUUUUUUCUAGACAAUCCAAUGCAACAUUCUUCAGGGAAACUCACUUUUACACAGAGAAUUUACUUUGUAAACAGGUCAUGGAUUUUCCUUGCAGAAGGAUGAGAGGCGAGAAACAAAGAGAAACAUGAUUCAUAGCUCAUGUUUACUCUUUGGUGGAGCUAACGAUGCGGUCAUGGGACAAUAAGCACUGUGCAUUCCCUUGGUAUUUGGGGAGGAUUACUGUUUUUUACGAGCUGCUCGCUCGCAUUUUGAGGGUCGCAAGUGGGCAGAAGGUUGCGGGUGAGCUUUGGUGGCUGCUGGACCAGCAGGUCAUAAAAUCACAAAACCAUUUGGGUUGGAAAAGACCCUCAAGAUCAUUGAGUCCAGCUGUUAACCCAACCCUGGCACUAACCCAUGUCCCUAAGAACCUGAUCUACACAUCCCUCUUGAAGGCAAGUAUGUGGCAGGGCCAUAUAAAAAGCUGCUUUUCCUGCAUCCCAUCUAUCACCAUCAUCUUUCUUAGAUUUACUUUUUCCAGGUAAGGAGCCCAGUUGAACUGGAAGUUUUCAGCCUUUAGGCAGGUUCUGUUUGCUGUCCGUAAGCAUUUCUUGGCCUUACGAUGUGUAGCUGGGCUUUUCUGCCUGUGCUACUGUUUCUGUGGUACCUUGUUCCUACUGGAGAGCUGGUUUUUAGAUUAUUUAACAAGUUUUUUUUGAUUAUUUAACAAGUUCACCUCAUCUGCAGUGCUUGAACAGCAGCAGAAGUCACGUCAUUCAUGUUCUCCACAUCUGCAGUACUCUUGGAUUCCUUUUCUGUUGGAUUUUGUCGAAAUCACAUUAAAAGUUUUCCUUUCUCCCUCCAGACUCUCUGCAGAUUGCUUAUUUCUGUUAACCAAACUCCCUUUUCUUGGAUGUUCUGUGCAAUAAAGGUUGCAAAGAUGCGCCAGCUGAA